AUGGCGCAAAUGAGCCCAGACGCGGCUCCCUCCCGCCACGCUCUUGCCGCCGACCCGCUGCCGGCGCUCCGCCGCCUCCGGGCCGCCGCGCCGCGCGUCUUCGGGCAGCUCCACGCGCUGCUCCUCACCUCCGGCCUCGCGCUCCACUCGCCCAACUUCGCCCUCCUCCUCCGCCUCGCCUCCUCCUCCGUCCCAUCCCUCUCCCACCGCCUCCAGCUCCUCCUUUGCUCCCCGCUGCCGCCCACAGCUUUCCUCGCCAACUCCCUACUCCUCGCGCACCUCCCUUUCGCGCUCCCCGUCUACUCCCUCCUCUUCCUCGCCUCUCCCCCGGUCCUCCGCCCCAACGAGUUCACCUAUCCGGCCCUCCUCCGCGCCUCCCCACCCCGCACCGCGCUCGCGCUCGCCACCCAUUCGCUUAAAUUCCUCGGCGCCGGGGCCGCCUCACGCGACCGCGUCCUCGGCGCCGCGCUUCUAGAUGUAUUCGCCCGCUGCGGCAGGAUAGUGUCAUGCCGCCGGGUGUUUGACAGGAUCGUCGAGCCGGACCUGCCGGCCUGGAACGCGCUGCUCACCGCCUACGCGCGCCGGACCAGGGAUUCGUCGCGCGCCGGCGAGGCGGCGGAGAUAAUUGAGCUGUUUGGGCGCAUGGUCUCGUUGGCCGUCCGGCCGAGCGAGAUCACGCUCGUCGCCGUCCUUGGCGCAUGCGGGGAGCUCGGCGCUCUCGGGCACGGCCUGUGGGCGCACGCGUAUGCUCUCAGGCGCAGGCUGGCAGUGAACUGUUACGUGGCCACUGCGCUCGUAGAGAUGUACACCAGGUGCGGGAAAAUGGACCUGGCCGAGCAGGUGUUCGCUGGCGUUGCGGACAUGGACACACGCUGCUACAAUGCCAUGCUCCAGGGCCUGGCAUUCCAUGGGCAUGGCCAAGCUGCCCUCGCGUUGUUUGACAAGAUGUGUGCGGAGGGCUUCCCCGUUGAUAGUGUCACGGUGCUGGCGGUGAUGUGCGCGUGCGCCCACGCAGGGUUGGUGGAUGAAGGGCAGUGGCUCUUGGACAGAAUGGAGAUUCAGUUUGGGGUCACACCGCGGAUCGAGCAUUAUGGAUGCAUGGUUGACAUACUAGGCCGAGCUGGUCAGCUUGAUGUUGCCAAUAAGCUCAUCCGAGGGAUGGACAUUCCACCGAACGCCGCAAUGUACAGGUCUUUGAUACGGGCAUGUGGGAUUCAUGGCAAGCUAGAACUUGGGGAGAGGACAAUCGAAGAGCUGAUGAGGCUCGAGCCAGAGCACAGUGGAAAUUAUGUCUUGCUGUCCAACUUCUACGCGAGAAUGAGGCUAUGGGAGGACGCAAAGAAGGCAAGGAAGGAGAUGAAGGCCAUGGGCAUUGACAAGAGCCCCGGGUCAAGCCUCCUUGACAUAGAUGGUGUUCUCCAUGAGUUCUUGAUGGGUGAUAAGACACACCAUGCCUCAAGGGAGAUAUACGCCAUGGUUCAAGAGAUCGAGACCAGAUUGAAGGAAUGCGGGCACCAGCCGAGCACCACAACUGUGAUGUUCAACGUCGAGGAGGAGGACAAGGCAGAUGUGCUGUCCUACCAUAGCGAGAGGCUCGCCAUUGCCUUCGCCCUGAUCGCCUCCUCUCCAGGUGCGCCCAUCAGGAUCAUCAAGAACCUCCGGGUGUGCACUGAUUGUCACAAGAGCACCAAGCUCGUCUCCCGGGUGUAUGGAAGGGAGAUCAUCAUGAGGGACCGCACCCGGUUCCAUCACUUCAGAGAUGGCCAUUGCUCAUGUGGAGAUUUCUGGUGACUGGUCAUUAGCUCUUUGCCAUGUUCAUAAGAAUGUGCUGUAGAUUCGUGUUCCUACUUGUUCUGUGUGGCUCUCCAGACUGGACAAUGGACGGCGUCGUGAACACGAAGCAGCCGGAACCAGCGGUCGGCGACGGCAUUGAAGUCUGCAAAGAACCCUCAAGAACCAAGACUAGCCCCGAAGAACAAGUUCAUAUAUCUGUGGAUCAACCUGAAGAUUCCAGCUCACGGUGCUGACAGGGGACUCUUUACUUGCUUCUCUCUACAAAAAUUGGAGUCAUGACAAAACAUGACAGAAAUAGGAGUCAAGACUGUGUUAUGUCCAAUUGAUGUAAAUGUGGAUGGGCGCAGAGGUUGCUGGCUAUGUCAUUUAUUUUUUACCGUUCCUGGCUUCGUAUUCUAAGGACUGGUGGUAACACACAGCAGAGUUGGCUGGUUCAGGUUAUUGUAUUUUAUGAAUUUUGAUUGA